CAAAAUAUAUGUUGGAUAUAGGUUUUUUCCUUAUAUUUUACAUUUCAACAUUACAUAAUUUUGAGAUCCGUUGCUAUAUCUUACUUAAAUGUUUUUUAAAAAACUUAUUAAUAUAAGACAGAUUAUUUACGGACUAUUUAGCUGCAGUUGAAAGAUUAAUCUCCAAAAUUCUCAUGACAUUCUCUCAAAAAUCUCGCAAAGAAAAAGAAAUGUUUAGUCAGCAAAAUUUCGUCUCUAAUUGGUAACUUGUCUUGUUAUAGUGGUACUUAAUUCAUUCGAAGUACUGAUAAUAUGACUAAUGUAUAUGUAUGGGUUAUAGAAUAGUUUCUACAUUUACCUUUGGUUUGACUUAAUUCAUUUGAACUAAACCAUGGCUCUCUUACUCUCUUCUUCUGGGAUUGUUGCUGUGAUAAACUCGGGUGCUUAUGUUAGCUUCUCACCCAAGCAAUCUCUUACUUGUAAAAGAAGCAAGGUAGUUGCAGGCAAUCAAGUGAAUAUGCCAACCUCAAGCGCUUCAUCUGUAGUCGCGACCAAGCCACUGACCAAAGAAGAUCUGAUUGCCUAUUUUGCUUCUGGAUGCAAACCAAAGGAAAUGUGGAGAAUAGGUACAGAACAUGAGAAAUUCGGUUUUGAGGUCAAGACUUUGCGCCCUAUUAAAUAUGAACAAAUUACUGCAUUGCUUAAUGGUAUUGCUGAGAGAUAUGGUUGGGAUAAGGUGAUGGAGAAAGAAAGAAUCAUUGGUCUAAAACAAGGAAUGCGAAGUAUUUCACUAGAACCAGGAGGCCAACUAGAGCUAAGUGGAGCACCUCUAGAGACGUUGCACCAAACUUGUGAUGAGAUCCGUUCACAUCUUCACGAGGUGAAAACUGUUGCUGAAGAAUUGGAAAUUGGUUUCUUAGGAAUUGGCUAUGAACCCAAAUCUAGUCUCGAGGAUGUAACUAUUGUGCCCAAGGGAAGGUUUCACUUUAUAACAGACCACUUAACCAGAGCUAGCACAACGGGACCUGACGUGUUUUUCAGAACGUGUACUGUUCAGGUCAAUCUAGACUAUAGCUCAGAAACCGAUAUGAUCAGGAAGUUUCGCGCUAGUCUAGCUUUGCAACCUGUCGCGACUGCUAUAUUCGCAAAUUCCCCUUUUAGUAAUGGAAAACCAAAUGGGUUUUUAAGCGUGAGGAGUCACAUGUAUAUAGAUUCUGAUAAGAAGCGCACAGGGAUGAUACCUUUUGUUUUCGAUGACUCAUUCGGGUUUGAGCGGUAUGUCGAAUACGCUCUUGAUCUUCCAAUGUUGUUCUUAAUUCGAAACGAAAGCUAUCUCGACUGUAAAGGAAUGACAUUUCGGGAUUUCAUGUCAGGGAAAAUUUCUCACCUCUCGGAUGAACAACCAACCAUUAACGACUGGGAAAUUCAUUUAGGAACAAUAUAUCCAGAGGUCCGGUUAAAGAGAUACUUGGAGAUGAGAGGUGCUGAUGGAGGUCCCUUGGGGAUGUUAUGUGCCCUACCAGCUUUUUGGGUGGGUUUGCUAUACGAUGAGGACUCUCUCCAAGCUGUUCUCGAUAUGAUCUAUGAUUGGACUCCUGAAGAAAGAGAGAUGCUUAGGACUCAAGUUCCAAUCACUGGCCUAAAGACAAUGUUUAGAGAUAUUCCUUUGAGACAUGUUGCUGAAGAUCUCCUAAAGCUUGCAAAGGAUGGUUUGGAGCGUAGAGGCUACAAUGAAACCGGUUUCUUGAACGCUGUCACCGAGGUGGUUAAAACAGGGGUUACGCCUGCAGAGAAGCUCUUGAAGUUGUACAAUGGAGAAUGGGGACAAAACAUAGAUCAUGUGUUCCAGGGACUGCGGUACUCUUGAAGUUGUACAAUGGAGAAUGGGGACAAAACAUAGAUCAUGUGUUCCAGGGACUGCGGUACUAAAAAAGAUGAACUAUGACCACGAUAAGAGAUGAAGAACGUUCAAAAACUCAUUUGCAGUCGAAUAAAUUAUUUAAUAAUAUUCCCCAGUCGUUUGAAAAAUAAAACUUGUUAUUGAUGUGUUGUGGAGAAAACGGUAGUUCAUGGAAUAAAAAUAUUGUUGUAAUUCACGGAAUAAGAAUAUUGUUGUAAUUUUUGUUGUAACAAAACAUUGUUGUAGUUUAA